AUGAUUGCCGCCGAGUACGAUGCAUGUAAAGAUCACCUAGAGGGGAAAGCAACACGAUCCAUGGGCAGCUGCAACACCAGAGGCAAGUCAUUCAGGGGUAACAUAAACCAAGUUUUAAGGGAAAAGGAAGGAAAGUUGCCACCUAAUUUGAGUGACCGUUUAAAAAGAAUGCUUCAGAAGUUUAGUGUUUUAGAGGAUUAUUUUCACGGAAUGGUCCAAAAUUUUUACAUGAAUAACCAUAAACAUAUACAUAAAGAUCCAGAUGAUGAAAUAAAUCAUCUAAAUGAUGUAAAUAUAUUACACCUACUUAAUCUCACUAUUUGGCGAACUUUGGAAAAGUUCAAUGUAGAACUUCUGAAGCGUACGAAAAUAUACAACAGAGAUGAGCUGACGACGAUAUAUGGAGAUUGGGAGACUUAUGCCAAAACAAUCACAAACAUCCGAUUGUUAGUGCCUAAUAUCCAGGAAUCUGACACUUGCAUCGCACAGUUGGCAAAAAUACCCAUAUUCCCGUCCCGUAGAUCGCAACCCAGAUGUUUUGUCCGACAACACUGCCGGGUGUACUUGAAGAAUGGGAACGAUUAUGGAUAUGGAUUACUACACAGACUUUUGUUCUUCAUUAUGGCUAAGUAUGCCCGAAAUUGUGCAGUUUUUUCCGAAAAAGAGGACAAGUACAUAAUGGACCACUUGUGCUCCAUGUCAUAUAAUGAAUGCCAAUAUAUUGCUCAAAGUGACUUUGCAUUGCCUGAUCUGUUAGCCGAAAGCCAUGCACUCUGCGGGAUGCUAGGGCAUGCUCAGUUUUUAACCAAUGACUGGGUAAAAACUAUAAUGAUGCAUCAAGUAACAGAAGGCUGCCUCAGGGAUGAAGGAAUUAAAAGCCAUGAAACCGUAGUGGACGCAACGGAACCAGGGAUUUUAUCGAUUACAAAUCCGGAGGUAAACGAGCACAUCGAUCACCUGAUGAAGGUCAGUAACGCACUCGUUACUGCUGUGGUGUUGCGGGUGGCGCCGAUUGCUCACCAUCAGAACGGACGCAAGUUCACACCUGUCGACGUCCGGUCGACAUUGGUGCGCAUACUCGAUGUUACACCGAGGUCAACUGCUCAAAAGACCUUCAACUUCAUUAAAAGGGAAGUCUUGCAACGCGGAAUAACAAUUUGUAGAUCACCCAACCAUUUGAUCCGUGCAGAAAUCGAACCCGUGACACGUUGCGCGGCAGCCAGUUGUCCAGCCACCGCACCAACCAUGCAGUCAUGGUCAUUCAUAUUUGACAGUUUCUUUUUAAAAAACACCAAUGACAUAUGA